GGCGGGGAGCGGGGAGGCCGGGGCCCCGCCGGCUGGCCGUGCCGGGGUCCCGGGGAGAAGGCGGCGCGCGGCCGGAGGAGGCGAGAAGCCUUGAAGUCGUGCCUGCGCGCCUGGGGCCUCCGCGUCGCCCGAGCUCGCCGUGCCAGGGUCGCUCCACCUGAAGCUCCCCAAGCACACUCGGGACGCGAGCGGGGCUGGGACACCUUCCGAGGGGCCUGGGGGCAGGGCCGCCUCCGCCGGGGGCGCAUCCACGGGGACAGCGUCCUCCCGGUGACACGUGUCCGUGAGUCCUGAAGUCCCGCCGCAGGGAGGAAGCGCACAGGCGCUCGCUCCUGCCCUGCAGGAUCGUCCUUUCACUGCCCAAUAGAACAAACGUCGGUGAGCACAGAGCCCUCGGACUUGCACCGACUUGGCCCGGUUACGUUUUCAUUUUGCAUAGACAGCGGGGGUGUACAGCGGUUACCCUAAAAUCCCGGUGUGAUUCCGGAAGUAACUCACCGCCCUUAACAAGAAAUCUCAGUGCACCCAGCAAAGAAAAGGAGACCAGACAACUUGCUGUUGAUAGCAAGAAAACAUUCUUUUCAGAGCAUCUCCUGGUAUCAUCGGAAAUGUCUUCCUUAAGUGGGAAAGUCCAAACUGUUUUGGGCCUCAUAGAGCCAAGCAAACUGGGCCGUACUCUGACCCAUGAACAUUUGACGAUGACCUUUGACUGCUCUUACUACCCACCUCCUCCAUGUUAUGAAGCUAUCUCCAAGGAACCUAUUAUGAUGAAAAAUUUAUUUUGGAUUCAAAAAAACCCUUAUUCCCAUAAAGAGAAUCUUCAGCUGAAUCAGGAGACGGAAGCCGUUAGGGAAGAACUGUUGAAUUUCAAAGCCAAAGGUGGAGGGGCUCUGGUAGAGAACACGACUGUUGGGAUUAGCCGAGACGUGAAGACUCUAAAGUGGUUUGCGGAGGAGACUGGUGUCCAUAUUAUAUCUGGAGCUGGGUUUUAUGUGGAUGCAACUCACUCUCCAGAGACCAGAGCCAUGUCAGUGGAGCAGCUUACUGAUGUCCUCACUAAUGAAAUUCUCCAUGGAGCUGAUGGAACUACUAUCAAGUGUGGUGUCAUUGGAGAAAUUGGUUGCUCCUGGCCUCUAACUGAGAGUGAGAAGAAGAUUCUUCAAGCAACAGCUCAUGCCCAGGCUCAGCUGGGCUGUCCUGUUAUUAUUCAUCCUGGAAGGCAUCCAAGUGCACCGUUUCAGAUUAUCCGCGUGUUGCAAGAAGCAGGCGUAGACAUCUCCAAAACAGUUAUGUCCCACAUUGAUAGGACUAUCCUUGAUAAAAAGGAACUACUAGAAUUUGCUCAACUUGGCUGUUACUUGGAAUAUGAUCUCUUUGGGACUGCACUCCUUCAUUACCAAUUCAACCCGGAUAUCGACAUGCCCGAUGAUAAUAAAAGAAUUAGAAGAGUGCGUCUCCUGGUGGAUGAGGGCUAUGAAGAUCGAAUUCUGAUGGCGCAUGACAUACAUACGAAGCACCGGCUAAUGAAAUACGGAGGUCAUGGCUAUUCUCAUAUACUUACCAACAUUGUUCCUAAAAUGUUGCUUAGAGGUAUCACCGAGAAUGCACUUGAUAAGAUACUCAUAGAAAACCCUAAGCAAUGGCUAACUUUCAAAUAGGAUGGUUGUUUAUGAAUUCACACCUUGAGUAUAAAGCUUGCGGAGGACAUUUCUCAGUGAUUUCAAACCCACUGUGAGAUAUUAAUCAGAGCUCUGUAGGACUAAUGACGGGUCAUUUCGUCUUUAGGAGAAUCAGAAGAGUUUUGCAUUCUCAGAAACCAGUUAUGACCUCUGUGCCUUUAGGAAGCUACUGACUUAAUUGGGCCUAUUGUUUUGCCUUCACAAAAUAAACACAGAAAUACCAAUUUCCAGUGAUUUACAGUCUGUAUCCUCUUAGUGGAGUCUCGUUUUGUUUUCUUAAUCUAUCAGCUGCACUACUUGAGAAAAUUUAAAGUGUUUCUAGUCAAAUUACCCCCUUCUGGAGCAAUCUAAUGUUUCUUGUAAUAUUGAUGAUCGUACUAAUUAUCCUGCUGUUCUUUAAUUAAUGCUUAAUGAAUAAUAUGGCACUUUAAAAUAGCUUCGGUAGCAAGGGAAGUUAAAUUUUGCAGCUUUUUUUUUUCCAUAGGAUACUGUAAUACAAUUACCAAUUCACAAUGGUAAAAAUAUUGUGUAAGCUUAAUUAUAUGCCAUCUCUCUUAUCUGUAUUUACUGAUAAUAAAUCAGUUUGGUUGCCUUUGGCUUGCUGGUAUCCAUUUUUGCUGUAAAACUAUGUUGCUUUAAAAAAUUUGUAGAAGGGAGCAUGAACACAUAAUGCUCAAUUAUAAAAAUUCAAUCAUAAAAGUCAAAAUAUAUUACAUAAUAUAGUUUAAUGAAUCAUUACAUUGAUAAUAACAAAGGCCACAGUUUAAUUAAUAAUAUAUAAUGCAAAAAAAAAAAGAGAAAUGUUAGCCUUAUAUAUAUUCCCUUUAUUUCCUUUACCUUUUAUUUGUUUUUCCUUGGGCCUAAACAGAGAAAAUAAUGCUUAGUUAUCUGAAGAAAAGGUCAGAUCCAUUAGAAAUGACAUUCUGAUUCUAGAGCCUAUUCUUGAAAAGGUACCCAGCCCUGAUGUUUUGUGUAAAUAAAGCCUUUUUAAAACUCACAGAAGAUGUGCACUGCUGUUUUAUAAAUUAAUCUUUUGGUUGAUUCCUCAUUAUGCUGUUUGUUACCCCCCCCCACCACCACCAAGAAAAAUCCCCAAACUCUUUCUACCAAUCCCUCUUUGAUAAAUAUAUAUUGUUAAACAGAAAUAAAUCCAUUGCAACUCCUUUAUGAAUCUGCUAACAUAUCAGAAAAAGCCAAACAGAAUUAGUCAUUAUUCUUGAUGAACGGGCUAAGUGUUUUUAAUCAUAAAAAUCAUGACAGUUACUCAGACCAAGGCAUUUAAACCAAGCCAACAGCACCUUCAGAUGGGAACAUGCGUAACUCUUUUGGAAAGUUGAGGUUUUCUAAAUACAAGAUAUUUCUGUGGAUCAAAGAUGAUCAAGCUUUCUGUGUAUUAGAACAGAAAGUACCCAAGAGGAAUGAGCCAGAACAAACUAAUUCCUUUAAAUGAAAAAAUGCAAAUGUCCUUCACCAGUAAAACAAGCAGAUUUUUACAUCCCUGUUUUUCAAAUCUACGCGUCCACAGAGUCUUCAAAGGCAACGGAGAGGGGAACAGAUUUUUCAUUGUAAUAGUGGAAGUUGUCUGAUAGGGUAUAUCAACAUGCAUUUUUAAUCUUUUUCUUAGGUUAAAGAGAUGGCUUUGGCAGUGUGUUUUAACCAGAGAGAAAUGAUUUGCACUACUCUCGGAAUCUACUCUACUGUCCGCUUUAAUCCACCUGAGAAAAAAGAAAAGGAAUUGAUAAUUCAAACGCAUAUGAUUCAUAAAUGUUGCAAAAGAGAGCCACUUUGUUUCUGCAGUCCUAAUAUUAACAGUCUGCCACAGAAUGCAGUGGAAGUAUUGAUUGGCAUAUGGUAAUAAAGAAACCAUAGGCUUAAUUUAUAGACAUGUGAUGUAUAGGGCAUUUUAACCAAAUGAAAUUUAAUUUUCUGGGUAACUCUUACAAGAGAAGUCAUUUAAAUUAUUUUGCUAUUCCAUAUACUUUUGUAAUCCAAAAUAUAUUUCGAUCCAAAAUAAGUCAAAUAAUUUAUGUGUGUUUGUGUGUAUAUAUACACAUAUUUUUUAAAUUAAAUUUCUGAGGCUAUACAGCCACUGUGCCUAUGGUCUGAAGCCAUUAUAUAUAUGUAUAUAUAUAUAUACACAUAUAUAUGUGUGUAUAUAUAUAUAAUAUUUGAUCUAACGUGUGUGUAUGUGUGUGUUUUUAUGUGUACACACGCAAAUACAUGUAUAUGUAGCACGUAUUUGUAUAAAAUAUAUACACUUUGUUGUCUUAUUGGUUACAUGUGAAAUCGUUCAUUUUGAAAUAACCUCGGGCCACGACUUGUAGUAACUAUUCGAAGGCCUUAACUUAGGGUCCCCUUGGUGACUCAUGCAGUAGCUCAAAUUAAACCAUUGUGCAUUGGGUUAUGAAUAAUCUUUUGUUCCAAAGAAGCCGAAAGCCUCAGUCUGAUUUAACACCAAAGAAUAAAUGUCUCUGACUUUCUAAGUAAAUCUAAACGCAUUCUAUUGACAAAAUGGACACACAGGGGAAUUUCUAAAUACCAUACAUAAUUACACAUUUUCACACUUAGAAGGUAAUCCUAUGAUACAAUUUCGAUCUCUAUAUUUAAAGACUAUCACCAGAAAAGAGAGAAAAGAAAAUUUGUAAGAAAAAGAAAAUGUGAAAAUGAUCACAGGCUUGGGAAUUCCCUCAAAUCCAGAAGAUUCCAGGUUAAGGCUUGAAGUUGAAUCAUUCCCAGGACUAGCUCUAAAGUUAACAAAAGUACAAGGCAAACAAUUUCUUUGGGGACAAGCAGCAUUAUUUCAAUCAGACCUUCUCCUGCAGGGUAAACUCAUUCUCCCCACACUAUGAAUGGACUCCAAGUAUCAUAAUAAGCAGGUAAACUCACAAGAACCGAAGCUGACAUAUGGAUAAAAGCUGCAAGAUCACAGUACACCAAAGUAUCAUAUAUAUUGGAGAAAUAAUUCAGUGUCUUAGAUUUUUCUAUAAAAAUUUGUGAUCUAUAUAGGACUUCAUUCACAUGGACACUAACGAUAAGGAGUAUUUGCUUUGGCGGUAGUGGAUAACACAUCUGCUUAUCUUGCUUUUAAUAUUUUUUUUUACAUGAUGUUUCUGAGUGUACAGAUGUGAGUCAGGUAGCAUUUGCAUUGCCCACAUAUACACAACUGAGGUGCCCCGCAACCGGCAUCCCCCGGGGAUCCUUGAUUCACGGACGUUAGCCAAACGAAUCCAGUGUCCAAAC